AUGGGCUACAGAUGGAGAAAGACCAAAUCAAACAAACAUAUUCUCAUGGAAACCCAGGAUGUUGCUUACAAACGAUUUGUAUAUUUGAGAAAAAUUCAAGAAUACCGGAAGGAGAAACGCCCCAUAGUUUUUACGGACGAAUCUUACAUCGAUUCAGCUCAUGUUUCCGGAAAAGGUUGGUCCGAUGACUCAAAUGCAGGAGUGGCGGCCCCAUUGUCCAAAGGCGAGCGACUUAUUUUUCUACACGCAGGAGGAGAAAUGGGCUUCGUGAAAAACUGCUUGACAAUGUGGAGAGCCAACAUAAAAACAGGAGAUUAUCACGACAAUGUGAACGGCAAGAUGUAUUUUAAAUGGCUGACGGAAAAAUUAAUUCCAAAUGUACCUCCUCGGACUGUUGUGGUUAUUGACAAUGCAUCUUAUCACAAUGUCCAAGUAGAUAAGUGCCCAACUUCGAAGAACACUAAAUCAGAAAUGCAAGAUUGGCUAAUACAGAAGAAUAUUGCAUUCUCAUCGUCAUCACUCAAGGUGGAGCUCUACGAGUUGAUUAGGCAACACAAACCGGCGCACAUUCGCUAUCAAAUUGACGAGAUUAUGAGAGAACAUGGACAUGACAUCCUUAGGCUCCCUCCAUAUCAUCCCGAACUCAAUGCCAUAGAGCUAAUCUGGGCUGAUGUAAAAAACUGGGUUGCAGCUCACAAUGUGACUUUUAACAUACAUGAUGUUGAGCGCCUUGUGAACCAGAAGUUUGAAACCAUAACUGAAACGGACUGGAAAAAAAUAUGUGAAAAUGUGAAGAAAAUGGAAGAGAAGUUCAUAGGAGUUCAAAGUCAACUGGAAGAUACCAUUGAAUCUUUUGUUAUCGAUCUUGGUGCAGAGUCCAGUGAAGAGGACAACAGUGACUUUUCUGAAGAUGACAUUGAAGACGGGAAUUUGUCAGGGAUCGAAGAGUUGAUUUAA